AUGGGCUGGCGAAGACCAAGGAGACAGCAAAAAUCUGUUCCGUCGACUGACAACUCGACCCUAGUCGUGGAUGCUUGCCACAACAUACUGGACGGUAGCGAGCACAGAUCUGGUGGGCCAAGGUAUCGCCAACGAGAACCUACAGAGCAAUGUGAUCCUACAGGACCUGUCAAUGAUCUCCACGAGAGUCCAGCAUCAACAGGCAGCAAUUCCGACUUUGUGUCACAUCCAUACCAGCUACCCCAAGCGAACAAUUCCGUACCCACGCAAGAUAAUACCAUUCCAGGAACCGAUGUAGCGACCUCUAUCGCCCUCGCCGAGAACUCUCUGUUUCGUUUCUUCAAAGAAGGAAUCUCCUCCUCCAAACGUGAUUGGACUAUGUUCGACCAACUCGAUCACGUUCGGACAGCAUAUGUCGGUACACGGAUUUCCAAUAUGACGCACCUCAUCAAGCUCGACCGCCGGGCAUCCCCUAGCUGUAUCAUCUACGCAUAUCCACAAAUUCAUGCUUCCCCAGACUGGAGAUCCGAUUCUAAUCGUCUCCUCGGCCUAACUCGUGACACAAUUCAACACAUUACAGCCUUCCCAGCCAAAGAUAUCCGUGAUAAUUUUGUCGAUGCCUUUUUUACCAAGAUAAAUCCAUACUUCCCCGUCAUUGACGAGGCCGGUUUCAGAGCAAAGUAUGCGGAAGCAGAGAACAAAUUACCCCUUUUGCUUUUUCAUGCUGUUCUUCUUGUCGGUGCUCGAGUUUCUCGGCAUCCGCGAGCUGUGCAAGCUAGGCACGUUAUCGGGGCGGUGCUUUUCAGUCGUGCCAAGCAGGUCUUUGACAUGCGGCAUGAAAACGACCGAAUGCAUCUCGUCCAAGCUGCACUACUGUUCUCCUGGCAUUUACAGGAUGGCGACAAUGCUGGAGCUAACAGUUGGUACUGGCUGGGUGUCGCUUGCCGCAUCGCCUUUGGACUGGGCAUGCACCGCAAUGUACUUCGUGACCCUCUCGGUCAAGAACGAAUGCCAUUGACGGACAGACGCAUCUGGCGGCGCGUCUGGUGGACGCUGUUUCAAGCAGAAACCAUGUCCGCGCUAGAGCAUGGGCGACCGCCUAUGAUCCGACUAGAGGACUUUGACCAGGAGCCUCUGAUCCUGGAAGACUUUACCGAGACAAAUGGCGCUAUAAACGAAAAGAUUGAUUUUGAAUACUGUCGGAGGAACAUCGAGCUGUGUGACAUUGCCCUUCGCAUCAUGAGUCUUAGCGCGCCACGUUCGCUUGCACGAGAACAAGGCAUCGGAGAUACUACGUCAAGCCUGAAGACACGACUCGUCUCCUGGAUGCUGGACGCUGCACCUGCUGAGAAUGAUCAGGCAUCGGAGAGCACUUUUGCGGAGCUGAACCUCCAGCUUCACUAUAAUGCCGUUGUUAUUCACCUUUAUCGCGUAAUUAUGGACCAGACCACUUCACCGUCAGAUGGAUAUGACAACGAAGCCAUGCGAAUUAGCACGAGCGCAGCAACAUCCAUCGUCUCCGCCUUCGAAGCAAUCCACGCUGCGGGUAUGAUGGCGCAGUGCCACUUCACUGCCGUCACGGCACUCUCUGCUGCAGCCAUACAAGCAUCGAAACAACUGCAACGCGCCGUUGACGCCGGCAAUUCCAUGCUCGCUAUCAGCGAACGGCACCUGCUCGAUAGAGUGUGCAAUUCAGCAAAGCACCUGUCAGAAUUCUGGCCCAGUGCCGAGGGUGUAAGGAAAGUCUUUCAAAGUCUGUUUGACGACUUUACCGGUAUGCUGAAAGACAGCAGUCGCCCAUGGGAUACUAGUCCUCGUACGGAAGAUGCCGACAAUGCUGCGUUAAAUGUCAAUUGGACGGACUUCCUGGCCUCUGCGUCGUGGAUGCAGUCUGCCCAUGGUGUAUAUCUGGAAGAAGCAGGAUGGGAAGAGUCCUUGUUUGGCUUGCAGAGAUGA